AAAAAUAUAUAUAUAUAUAAAUAAAAAAUGGGUUUAACAAAACAAUAUUUGAGAUAUGUACCAGGUGGGAAUUUAAAUAUAAUUGUUAGUUCUUCCUGUAAUGUUGUUUUUGUAACAUUGCAAGAACAAGAAGGUAGAUUUGUAGCAGUUGGAGCAUGCGAACAUGUUUUUAUAUGGGAUUUACGCCUUGGAGAAAAGGUUCAGGUAUUAUCAGGUGAAAAAGUAAGUGUAACAUACUUAGCUGCAUCUCCUAAUAAGCAACAUAUAGCAGUUGGUUAUGCAGAUGGUACUAUAAAAACAUUUGACUUAAAAACAGGAGAAAAUACAAGUAUAUUUGUUGGUCAUAGAUCUGAAAUUACAAUUUUGAUAUAUGAUAGAGGAGGACAUAGAUUAGCAUCAGGUUCAAAGGAUACAGAUAUUAUUCUUUGGGAUAUUGUAGCUGAGACCGGUAUAUGUAGAUUAACUGGACAUAAAGGUGUAAUAACAAAUUUAGCAUUCAUGAAAGAUCACAAUAUUAUUAUUAGUAGUAGUAAAGAUACAUUUGUCAAAUUUUGGGAUUUAGAUACUGAACAUAAUUUUAGAACUCUUGUUGGUCAUAGAACAGAAGUUUGGGGUUUAGUUUUAAUUAAAGAUGAUCAAUAUUUAAUAACUGGUUGCAAUGAUAAUGAACUACGUAUAUGGCAAAUAUCUUUCACUGAAGGUGAAGCUGUAGACUUUGAUGUUAAUUUACAUGACUUAACUCUCACUGAUGAUGCUGAAAUCAGCAAUGUGAAACAUCCUUUAAAAUGCGAAAAAGUUGGAAGUAUACUAAGAAGUGGUCAUGGAAGAGUUGCGUCUCUCAAUGUUGAUGCUACUCAUACAGUUAUUGGAUGUCAUGGUUUGGACAAUACCGUAGAAUUAUUUCAAUUAUUACCUGACACUAAAAUAAAAGAUAACAUUCUUAAACGAUUACGAAAAGAAAGGAAGAAAGCAGAGAAAAGUGAAAAAAGUGCAGAAACAAAUUUCUCAGGAACACCAACUAUAAAGGAUGAACUCAUACGCCUACCUUUUAUCAAAGUAUCUGCUAAAGCUAAAGGAUUAAGUAUAGUUAUGGGUAGAAGCGGUGAACUUAGAGUAUGUGUAGGAUUAAAUAAUAAUUCCAUUGAAUUAUAUUCCUUAUUCACACAAGAAAAAAAUGCUGAAGUGAAACAUUUAAGAUCAAUAACAAAUCAUGGUCAUCGCUCAGAGGUCCGUGCUGUUUGUUUUAGUUCUGAUAAUUUAGCUUUUGCAACAGCAGCUGGUGAUUCUGUGAAAUUAUGGAAUAGACCAACACUGGCGUGUUUAAGGACUGUACAAUGUAAUUAUGCUUUAACAGCAACAUUUGUACCAGGAGACAGACAUUUAAUUAUAGGUUUAAAAGAUGGUAAAAUGCUAAUUAUUGAUAUCGCUUCGGGCGACAUUUUAGAGGAAAUUCCUGCACAUUCUAAAGAACUUUGGAGUGUCACAUUAUUUCCUGAUAAGAAAGGAGUAGCUAGUGGUGGCGGAGAUCAGACAGUAAAAUUUUGGAAUUUUGAACUUAUUCAAGAUCCUGAUAGAGAAAUAAAAGCGAAAGUUUUAUCUGUUUUGCACUUAAAAACUUUAAAAUUGGAAGAUAGUGUAUUAUGUGUAAGAAUAAGUCCCAAUAGCAAAUUUGUCGCAGUCGCAUUACUUGAUUCUACUGUAAAAGUCUUUUUCCUUGAUACAUUUAAGUUUUUCAUUUCCCUUUAUGGGCAUAAAUUACCAGUUUUGUGUAUGGAUAUAUCAAGUGAUUCAACACUUAUUGCUACUGGUUCUGCUGACCGAAAUAUAAAAAUUUGGGGUUUAGAUUUUGGAGAUUGCCAUAAAUCGAUAUUCGCUCAUGAUGACUCUGUAUCAGGACUUUCAUUCGUACCUAAUACACAUUAUAUUUUUACUUGUGGGAAGGAUGGGAAAGUAAAACAAUGGGAUGCUGACAAUUUUCAAAAAAUUGUGACAUUACAAGGGCAUGCAGGUACAGCAUGGAACUGUGCUGUUUCACCAAAUGGACUUUAUGUUAUUUCUUGUGGAUCUGAUAGAGUAGUUAGGCUGUAUGAACGGACUUCAGAACCUUUAGUUCUCCAAGAUGAAGAAGAAGAAGAACGAGAACGUCAAGAAAAUGAAUUAGCUACUGGAGAAACUACUCUUGUCCCAGGACAAAAACAACAAUCUCUACCUUCAAGAAAAACAGUAUCCAGUGAAAAGGGGGCUGAAUUGAUAUUAGAAUGUUUAGAUGUAUCUAAAGAAUACAAUGAGCAAUUAUCGCAAGCAACAGCAGAUAAACCACCUGCUAUUCCUUUACAAAUGCAGGCUUAUAAUUGUACAAAUACAAAAGAUUAUCUAUUAGAAAUAAUUAAACGAAUUAGAGGAAGUGAUUUAGAAGAGACAUUACUAUUGUUACCAUACUCAGCUGCUUGUGAAAUUCUUAAAAUGCUUCCUACAUUAUUACAAUCAGAUUAUCACACGGAAUUAAUUACAAGACUAGCAUUAUGUUUAAUUCAAGCUCACCAUGGUCCAAUUAUAGCUACUCAAGAACUUUUACCUAUCAUAGAAACUGUGAAAACACUUGCGAUUAAAAAAGUUUCUGAACUAAGGGAUACAAUUGGAUUUAACUUGUAUGGAAUGAUGCAUAUGCAACGAGUUAUUGAAGAGAAAGAGGGAAUACAGCUUUUUAUAGAUGCAACCCAAAGUAAUAAACGUAAAAAUAAAAUUAGAAAAAAUAAAGAAAAGGCAUUAAAAAGAGCAAUUAUGUCGUUAUGAAACGUUACUUAAUUGCGAUUAAAAUAUUUUGUAAAUACUUUUUUAAUAAAUAUUAAAAUAAUUAU